CGACUCUCUGAACACCACCGCGGAAGUUCAGACGCCAAUUCCACAGUCCGACACAAUGGCCACUACCCAGGGAGCUAUUUCCAAGAGGAGGAAGUUCGUUGCUGACGGUGUCUUCUAUGCUGAGUUGAACGAGUUCUUCCAGCGCGAGCUGGCCGAGGAGGGUUACUCCGGCGUCGAGGUCCGCGUCACUCCUACCGUCACCGACAUCAUCAUCCGCGCCACCCACACACAAGAGGUCCUCGGAGAGCAGGGUCGCCGCAUCCGUGAGCUCACCUCGCUCAUCCAGAAGCGCUUCAAGUUCCCCGAGAACUCUGUCUCGCUUUACGCCGCCAAGGUCCAGAACCGUGGUCUCUCUGCAGUCGCCCAGUGCGAGUCCCUCCGAUACAAGCUUCUCAAUGGUUUGGCCGUCCGAAGGGCCUGCUACGGUGUCCUGAGGUUCAUCAUGGAGUCUGGCGCCAAGGGUUGCGAAGUCGUUGUUUCCGGAAAGCUCAGGGCCGCACGUGCCAAGAGCAUGAAGUUCACUGACGGUUUCAUGAUUCACUCCGGCCAACCUGCUAAGGACUUCAUCGACGAGGCCACCCGCCACGUCUUGCUCCGCCAGGGUGUGCUCGGAAUCAAGGUCAAGAUUAUGCGCGGCUCAGACCCCGAGGGCAAGGCCGGCCCAUCCAAGACUCUCCCCGACUCCGUCACCAUCAUCGAGCCCAAGGAGGAGCAGCCCGUUGUGCAGCCCAUGUCCCAGGACUACGGCGCCAAGGCUAUCGCCGCCCAGCAGGCAGCGGAACAGGCCAGGCAGGCCGAGCAGGGUGAGGGCGAGGCCCCAGCAGAGGGUGGCGAGGGCUACUCUGAGGAGCAGUAGAUGGAUACCAAGCCGCGGGGCGUAUGAGAUUACGAAAAGGCAUUUAGCGGAAGGUUACGAUCACACUCAUCUUCCUUUGCACAUUCGGGACGGACUAGGCAUGCUUUUGAUCCGGGAGGUUAUGGAGUCUUGUGCUUAAGUGCUAUGUACUCUUUCAAACAAUCCAAACAUCAGCGGAUGGCUCGACCAACCAA